AUGGACACAUCCAUUCCUCUACCCGACACACCCACACGAGUAUCCCUGCAGUCUCAAGCAGACACACUUCGCCUCGACCUAAAAGAAUAUGAACGAACCUUUGUCGCGAGAAACGGCGGCCGCAAGCCAGGCAAGGGUGACAUAAAAGCCGACGCCGUUAUUGCAGCGAAGUACAAGGAGUAUAGCCGAGUACGCGAUGUGCUCGCAGGGAAACGCGGCAUUGACACAUUGAACACACCCCAUCGGCACCAGAGUGCUCACAGGCACGGACGCACAGACAGUGCGAUCAGCCUGACACCUCAUCGAGGCCGGAAGAGCUUCUCUCCUUCGAGGGCAUCACGGCAUCCCAACGAAAUCGAUCCGUAUGACCCUCCCUCAUCAAUAUCUCCAAAAGUGAUACCUAAGGCCAUCGGACCAACUCCGCGAAGAGAUGGAACUGUGUUGGGCAUAUUCGAUUUGCUCCCUAAUUCGGUGUCAAGGAGAAGCGUCGAAAGCACACCGGGAAGCAGAAAGAGGAAGAUCAACGAAAUCUACGAUGGAGCUGGCGACAAUGACUCAAGACAGGUACCAGUGGCCCAAACCCCAAGCCAGAAACAGAGGCAAUCGAGCUACACUGGAGAUGUAGGUCUUCAGGCGACUACGCCAUCAACAAAGCUGUCUGCCGGAAACCGCCUGCAUUUUAAAACCCCGAUAAGCGAAGGCAAAAAGUUCAUGCUCGAUCACUUCUUCACAACCCCCAGCGCUGUCAGAUUUGCAACCAUGGUCAGUGGUGAUGAUGACGCCGAUGUUACAAUACAGAGCAAGACCCCGCUUCGAGAUUUCGUCCUCAAAACUUCUCCUGCGAAGGACACUGAGAUGGGUAAAGGAGGACUCCUGAUAGCGAAUGGAAACGACUGCACCCCGCCGUAUUUGAAACGUUCGUUCUCAUUUAAAGAGAGGCUUUUCGCUGUGUCAGGAGCUUCUGCCGGUAAGCUGAGUCCGACCUCCAACAGACCGGGCCCGCGAAGAAGCCUAGUAUAUGCCAAAUGCGCGCCGAAGCCCUUGAGUCAGAUCAUCGCAGAUCUGGAGCAAAACAAACAGGAGACACAGCAGCGGAACGACGACGACGAAGAUGACCUUGACGCCUUGAGAGAAAUGGAAGCCAACGAGAUCAAUGUUCUUGUCAACGAUAGUCAGACGGCAGAUGCAGUUCCGACGACGGAAGCCACCGGAGACGAACCAGCCCCCAGAGUAUGGAAGAAGAAGGGCCAGAAAAGGACGACAAGGAGGGUCAUUAUGAGGCCCGUGAAGAUGAAACCGUCUGCGGCACCAAAAUUUGUCGCUGAGGAGGAGGAUGAUGAUGAGGCUGAGGAUAUCGGCCGGGAAGAAAGCGAAGACGAGUUGGCUCUCGCCCAUGAAUCCACUUUCGGCGAACCAGACGGCUCGGACACGGAGGAUAUCACUGCUGAACACCACGAAUCAGAUGAUGAUGGAUUUUAUGAUCCAGACACAUGUGAAGAGGCAGACGAGGUCGUACCCAGAAAUGACCGACCAGUCAACAGGAGAAAGGCCGCAUCGAAGUCGAAGACAUCAUCUUCUACCAUGGUUCCAGAAUCACAACUCUUCCCCAACUCGGAUAAGCCCGUAAAAGGAAAUCCAGGAAGGACGAAACCUAAGUCGAAAGCCUCGAAGACCGCUUCAUCCGGCAGCACGGGCCAAGACGAGAUGAUGACGACGACGCGCAAGAUCAACCCGAACGCCUACGCGCAUAUGAACUUCCGCAGCUUGAAGAUCAAGAACAAAAACUCUCGGGCGAAGAGAGCUGGAGGAGGUAGAUUCUCCAGAGGCAGAAGGUGA